AGGGAGAGUUGUGAGUAUGACUGGAUCUGGCAUGUCAGGACGCGUGUGAGACAGGGUGUCGUCGGACGACCCAAGCGGCUGUGGCUUGGGGUGCGUGGACACAGUCAUGCCGGCCCUCACGAUGGCCGCGAGGACGCAGAAUGGUGACCAGCACGGCAAACGCUCGGACACGGACAGAGGCCACUGGGCACAAGCCUCCCCGACCGGAGAAAGCGCACCAAAACAUCCAGGCGGCAGUGCUCGCAUGAGUCCCACACGCACAUCGGGCCGACCUCAUAUGCGUCCGACCUUUCUGCAUCCGUGACGACGCCCCGGCGCCCUUGUGUCGCCGUGCACACUGCCGUCGCAGCCACCGCCGCCGCACACGACACAUGACAACAGACGAAAGAACUGGGACUCACUGAUGAAAACUCACAGAUGACUCCGUUGGUACGGGACAUCAAAGUUUGCUGGGAUUGGAUGGUCGCGUCGUGGUCCAAUAAGUGUGGGUUGGGACCACCAAAGUCAAAU